AUGGUGCACACCGAGUCGUCAUCUUCUAGCGGCAAAGGUGGAAGCCACUAUGUGAAGAAGGACAAGUUCAGAGCGCGUAGUGGUGGCGGCAAGAUUGACCGUGACAAGCGCGACUCCGGUUGUCACCCAUCGUCGGGGACGCCUCGACGGAAGGGAAGGUGUAAGAAGUGUGGUGUCUAUGGGCACUGGGCGAAAGAAUGCCUGAACAAGAAAUCUGUGAAAGAAGAUCAUGAAGAUGCAGCUCAUCAUGUCAGCGGAGACAUGGACAAGAACCCAGCACUGCUGGUUGCUCAGGUUCAUUGGGAGGAUACUGUUCCUUGUCCGACAACAGCCGCUGAAGCAUCUGAAAAUGCUGUACCUGACGCUGUUGAACCGGGGUCGCCUGCUGCGUCCAUUCCAUCGUCCGGGGGUGCAUCCAACUCGCUUCCACACACUCCUAGUUCCAUCCCUGGUGCACCGAUGGUGCAAUGGGCGACUCCGCCCACUGGACAGUCUGUUGACUCUGACGGCGCUCCACUGCGAUAUCGAACUAUACCGAAUUUGCUGGAAACUACAGAAGAGUUAUAG